AUGGCGGCAACCAUGGUUCCAUUGAAAGAGGUGCAGCCCUUCUCAGAGAAGAAUAUGUUUGGGGGCUCAUACCGAAACUAUGAGUCGUCCACUCGCCAAGACAAGGUUGAGAAGACAUACUCGGACAUGCGUGUCAAUCAGACAGUGGCAUUUGUGAAGGCCAUGCGCGAGAAGUGGAUGAAGUUUGACAAAGGCGAGUACACCAUCAUGGAGGCAAUCGAGAUGUUGGAUGAGUUGGUGGAUGAUUCUGACCCAGACGUAGACAUCCCAAACAGCAUUCAUGAUUUCCAAACUGCAGAAAGGAUCCGGGAGCAGUGGCCAGGAGAAGAGUAUGACUGGUUCCACCUGGUCGGGCUUCAUUCCUUCUAUCCUUGGCACGACAAACGCGCUUACAUCCACUUGGAGUGCCCUGAGGAUGCAGAGACCUUGAAAUGGGUGAAGGAGUUCAACAAGUUUGAUCUGUACUCGAAGGGUGAUGCCACUCCAGAUGUUGACGCCUUGAAACCCUACUAUACCUCUCUCCUGAAGAAGUACAACAUUGACGGCAAGCUGAGGCCUUUAUACUGCCUGGACGGGCCACAGGCCACAGAAUUUGAUGCUCAGAAGACUCGGAUCACCAACUGGCUGAUUCUUGUCCACUUUGUGAGCAUCGGCAAUGUCAGUCCUUUGGCAGAUGUUCAGAAUAUUUGGACAGCUGUGGCCAAGGCGAAGCGAGCAGUCUUUAUCUUCGCGAGCCCCGUCGACCAGGGGCAGGUGACAAAGUUGCGUGAGCUCGUGCAGUGCAUGGACGCCGUGGAGUCUCCGCCCAUGACAGUGGGGCGUAUUCACAUCGCUGUUGUGACUGUGGUGUUCCAAUUGUGCCUGGCAAUGUCUCUGCAGAUUCGACCACAUAAUGCCAUGAUUGACACCGAUGGUCAAAGCACUGUGAGUAGCCUCAUGGUGGCAUCCUCAGAUGUUGAGAAACCGCAACCGCCGUUCGCACUUCUCUCCAGCAAGGAGCUGGGCCUGGAUGGCAUCAUCUCUGGUGAGCCACAAGGGCAGACCUUGGCGUUGAUCCUGCGCAUGUGGGCCCCACGCCUCAAGACACGGUCAGAUGUGCUCCAGGAGCGCCAUAGAAAGGCGCACAACGUGGAGUACUACAAGGAAGAGCUUGAUGUAAUGUUGCGCUUGCGCAAGCGUCAAGCUGUGCAGGGCCAUACGGACAGUCUACUUUGGGACUAUCUCCGAAGUCGGCCUAGCACCCAAACGUGCAAUGCAGACUUUGAGAACCAGGCCACAUCGAUGGUUGGGCCUUUGGUCAGAGAGCCCAGCGGUUUGGAAAUGGAAAUUGAACGGAAAAGUGGUGCUCGGCGCACCACCAGCGGGACUGUGCGGAUGCCGAGAGUGAGGGAUGGAAGGGAUGAAAAGGUUGGAGCUGGUCACCUGAUUCAAAUGGAAGCUCCCCUUCCACUUCCUCACGAACCUAAGCGCGCUUUGCGAUUUCAUCCUCGUCGCAAACGGUUUGUCGCAGUUGACAAGCAAACAGUUCGCAAUGUGACGCAAAUGAUGGCGUUGAAGCGGAUGGACGCCAUGGCAUGCAGUUGUAUGCCGGCGCUGGCAGUUUGCACGGCCGGCUAUGCCGCCUGCAACGAAGGCCAGGUGAUGAGUUGCUAUCCCCUUCAUGUGAAGUUGAUGCGGCUAUGGAUCUGGCUGAUUACGGCGGAGACGGUUCUGCUCAAGCUGACGGGAUUCCAACUGGCCUUCGUGAUGGAGGAUUCCUGGUGCCUGCAGUCCUGUGGAACUGUGCCCUUUGUGGCACCCGAGGUCUUGAAGGGUGAGAGGCGCGUUUCGGCGCAACGGCGCAAGCUGAAAGUCCCCAAGAGUUGGAAGCCUCAUGUGAGCAAUGUUCAAGUGCUUGGCAUGUUCAACAGCGAGGAGAAGGCCGGAAUUGUGAUCACGUCAGCGCGUCAGCGCGUCAGCACGUCGUGA